AUGGGUACCGAAUAUGAAAAAGAUCAUAUCAAAAAGCUGCAGGAGCAGCGUAUGUCCAUGCAAAAGAAAACCUUCACCAACUGGAUGAACAAUGUCUUCUUCAGGAAUAAUGUAAAGGUUGAGAUAGAAGAUAUUUACACAGACUUGAAGGAUGGCAUCUCUCUCAUGCAACUCCUGGAGCUGCUCUCUGGAGAAGCUUUGCCCAGACCGAACCGGGGAAAGAUGAGAGUGCAUUUUCUAGAGAACAACAGCAAAGCCAUCACAUUUCUGAAAUCCAAGCAGGUACAAGUAAAAGUGAUUGGUCCUGAGAAUAUCGUAGAUGGUGACAGAACCUUAAUCCUGGGACUUAUCUGGAUCAUUAUACUUCGAUUUCAGAUUUCGUCUAUCAAACUUGAUAAGGUAAAACAGUCUGACGUUCUAUUUGCCAAUGAAGCCUUACUACUCUGGUGUCAGCAUAAAACUGCCAGUUAUUCCAAUGUGAAUGUGAAGGACUUCUCCAAAAGCUGGAGUGAUGGGCUGGCCUUCAAUGCACUCAUACAUGCUCACAGGCCUGAUCUUAUCCACUAUAGUUCACUGCGGCAGGACCAGCCCAUCAAAAACCUGAACAAUGCCUUCGAUGUUGCUGAGAAAGAGCUAGGAAUCAGCAAACUGCUUGAUGCUGAGGAUGUGGCAGUACCCUACCCAGAUGAGAGAUCCAUCAUGACUUAUGUGUCACUCUAUUACCACUACUUCUCCAGACUGAAACAAGGACAGACAAUACAAAAGCGACUUACCAAAAUCAUGUUCUUCCUGAAGGAGAUAGAUGACUUGAAGCUUCUGUAUGAGCAGAUGGUCUCUGACCUCCUGAAAUGGAUUAAACAGAAGGUGAUGGAACUGGAUGACCGUCAUUUCCCCAACUCUCUUCAGGAAAUGUGGCUGCUCAUGGCCAACUUCAAGACCUUUCGCACUGUGGAGAAACCCCCCAAAUAUCAAGAGAAGGGCAUGAUUGAAGCUCACCUCUUCAACAUCAGGACCAAGCAGAGAGCCAACAACCAACGGCCAUACUUGCCCCCAGAGGGGAGGAUGCUGCAGGAUGUGGAAAAGCACUGGAUUAUCCUGGAAAAGGCAGAGCACAACCGGGGAAAAGCACUGCAGAAGGAGAUGCUGAGGCUAGAAAGGCUGGAACAGCUAGCCCAGAGGUUCAUGAAUAAGGCAGCCCUGCGUGAGUCCUACUUGGAAGACAUGAGGAAAGUGAUUGGGAAGCAGGACUUCUGGCCGGAGAGCGCAGACAGGAUGGAGGCUGCCAGUAAGAAGCUGGAAGCCAUUGUGGCAGAUGUACUCCCCAGGAGGGAACGCUUCACAGCUUUGGAUGAAAUGGCCACAGUCAUCAGCCAGGAGAACUAUCAUGGCAAAGAUCAAAUCGUGAAGAAGUGA